UACAGGGCGUAAGGAUGACCAGCUCCAGAGCCCCGGGCCUCGCCUGGGAGAUCACUUGGCUUGCAUUUGCCAUCUGUACUCAUCUGCAGACAAGAGCGGAACAAUCCCAAGGUGCGUACUUCCUGCCUGAGUUUGCACUUUCUCCACAAGGGAGUUUUCUUGAAGAUACAACAGGGGAACAAUUCCUCACUUACCGCUUUGAUGAUCAGACCUCCAGAAUUACACGCUCUGAUGAAGAUAAAGAAGGUGGCUGGGAUGCCUGGGGAGCCUGGAGUGAUUGCUCUCGGACUUGUGGAGGGGGAGCCUCAUAUUCUCUAAGGAGAUGUUUAAAUGGCAGGAACUGUGAAGGUCGCAAUAUUCGAUACAAAACCUGCAGUAACAAUGAAUGCCCUUCAGAUGUUGGUGACUUUAGAGCACAGCAAUGUUCAGCCUACAAUGAUGUCAAGUACCAAGGACAUUUGUAUGAGUGGCUUCCUGUAUAUAAUGAUCCCAGUGCACCUUGUGCUCUUAAGUGUCAAGCGUUGGGGAAAAACUUGAUUGUAGAGCUUGCCCCCAAAGUACUAGAUGGCACUCGCUGUAAUAUCGAAUCUCUGGAUAUGUGCAUCAGCGGCAUAUGUCAGGCAGUAGGCUGUGAUCGACAACUUGGGAGUAAUGCCAAGGAAGACAACUGUGGAAUCUGUGCAGGAGAUGGUUCAACUUGCAGGCUUGUGAGGGGACAAGCUAAGGCACAUGUUUCACCAGAAAAAAGGGAAGAAACUGUGAUUGCUGUACCGCAUGGGAGCCGCAGUGUGAGAAUUACAGUGAAAGGACCAGCACACCUUGUUAUUGAGUCAAAGACCCUGCAGGGAGACAAGGGAGAACACAGCUUUAAUGCCCCUGGAACAUUUAUCAUAGAAAACACAACUGUUGAAUUUCAGAAGCCUACAGAUAGAGAAAUCCUAAAGAUCCAAGGUCCUUUGGGAGCAGAUUUCAUUAUCAAGACCAGGUAUACUUCCCCCAAAGACAGUGUGGUUCAAUUCUUUUUCUAUCAACCCAUAAGUCAUCAGUGGAGACAGACAGAGUUCUUCCCCUGCACUGUGACAUGCGGAGGAGGUUAUCAGCUUAACUCAGCUGAAUGUGUGGACAUUCGUUUGAAGCGUGUUGUUCCCGAUCACUACUGUCACUACUAUCCAGAAAAUAAGAAACCAAAGCCUAAACUAAAGGAAUGCAACAUGGAUCCCUGUCCUUCUAGUGAUGGAUUCAAAGAAAUCAUGCCGUACGAUCACUUCCAGCCACUUCCUCGGUGGGAACAUAAUCCUUGGACUGCAUGUUCUGUUUCCUGUGGAGGUGGAAUUCAGAGGAGAAGCUUUGUUUGUGUGGAAGAGACCAUACAUGGAGAGAUAUUACAGGUUGAGGAAUGGAAAUGCAUGUAUGCCCCCAAACCUAAGGUCAUUCAAACAUGCAACCUAUUUGAUUGCCCCAAGUGGGUAGCUAUGGAAUGGUCUCAGUGCACAGUGACAUGUGGCCAAGGGUUACGUUACCGAGUAGUACUGUGUAUUGACCAUCGUGGACAGCACGUCGGCGGCUGUAAUCCACAACUUAAACUGCACAUAAAAGAAGAGUGUAUUGUGCCAAUACCAUGUUACAAGCCAAGAGAAAAAAAUCCUGUAGAGGCUAAACUACCAUGGUUAAAACAAGCACAAGAAAUGGAGGAGACCAGAACCAUAUCAGAAGAGCCAACGUUUAUUCCUGAGCCCUGGUCUCCAUGCAGCACAACAUGUGGCGAUGGCAUACAGGUGCGGGAGGUGAAAUGCCGCAUUCUUCUCACUUUUACUCAGACAGAAGUGGAGCUGCCUGAGGAGGAAUGUGAAGACCAUAAGCCACUGACAGAACAAAUAUGUCACCAGGCACCAUGUGAUAGUGAUCCUAUCCCGUACACCCCAGAGUUUUCACAUGGAGAAGAUGGCAAUUUGGUUUAUGAUUGGGAAUAUAUUGGGUUUACUCCUUGCUCAGCCACGUGUAUUGGAGGGACACAAGAAGCCAUUGCAAUGUGUUUGCAUGUGCAGACAAAGCAAGCUGUCAAUGACACCCUUUGUGAUAUCUCCAAGCGACCACCACCCAUGAGUCGUGCAUGCAACCUGAAACUUUGCCCUCCAAGGUGGCAAACUGGUCCCUGGAGACAGUGUUCUGCUACUUGUGGAGUUGGGAUCCAGACAAGAGAUGUGUACUGCCAGCAGCCAGGGGGAGCCACUGUUGCUAAUAAGGACUGUAAAGACAAAAAGCCUCACACUUUACAAGCUUGUAACCAGGUUGACUGUCCCCCUUCUUGGCAUGUGGAAGAAUGGCAACAGUGUUCCCGUACCUGUGGAGGGGGGAUUCAGAAUCGCAAAAUAUACUGCAAACAGUUGUUGACAGACGGAAGCUUCCUGAAACUGUCUGAUGAGGUCUGCCAGGAAUCUACAUUGUCAUCUAGUAAACCAUGUGCAAAAAUUGAUUGUCCUCCUCAAAUAGUUAUAGGAGAGUGGUCCAAGUGCUCUGUGAGCUGUGGUGUUGGCAUCCAAAGAAGAAAGCUUGUCUGCCAGAAGCUAACAGCAAAGGGCCAACGUGUGAAAUUAAAUGGAUCCUUAUGUAGUGGUCCUCCUACCUCCCCGCUUGUAAGGCCUUGUCACAUGAAUGUCUGUAACAAGAUUAAACAAGAAAUGAAGCCCAAACUUCCAGAAAAGUAUUCUGCUCACAGACCUCAGAUUGUCAGCAUCCAUCGAGUCUACAUACAAACAAGACGAGAAAAGCGCAUUAAUUUUACCAUCGGAAGUCGAGCCUAUCUGCUUCCAAAAACGUCUAUUGUAAUUAAGUGCCCAGUACGAAGGUUUCAGAAGUCCCUUAUCCAGUGGGAGAAAGAUGGACAGCAUUUACAGUACUCUAAAAGACUUGGCAUCACUAAAUCAGGUUCGCUGAAAAUACAUAACCUUGAGGCUACAGAUAUUGGAGUGUAUAGGUGCAUUGCAGGCUCCAUGUAUGAAACGUUUGUUCUCAAACUUAUUGGCACUGACAACAGAUUAAUAGAAUCUCCAAAUCUUAGAAAACGUGCCAGUGAGAACAGUAACACAGAUCACAAUGAGUCCAACAGCUUUGGAGCCAAAUGGCAUAAAAUGAGUAAAAUGUGGCAAAUGUGGAGUAGAAAGCAUGAGCUGUAUUUGGAUGAUGGGCAAGUUAAUGACCAGCCAUUCCUGAGAAAUCUUGAAACCGCUGGGAGGAAUUCAGCUGAAAAACACAGCUCUCAUGGGUUCAGAAACAGACGUCUGGAGGCAGCAAUUCUUCAAGGUGCUUACAGCAUGGAUACUGUACAGUUUGAAGAACUGAUAAGGAAUAUGAGUCAGCUCAUUGAAGCUGGGGAAGUCGAUGAUGAUUUGGCAUCCCAGGUCAUAUAUCAGUUAGUUGCUGAAUUAUCUAGACUACCACAACCUACUACUGAAAAGUGGAAAGAUUCACAGGAAGAAUUGUUAGCCUCAAAGCUUACUGCCAAAUCACCAAAUGUAUCUGAACAUUUCAACACAAAAACCAUGAUUAAGUUGACAUAUGAUAAAAAGAUACCAAUUAUUAUAAGACAAAAGCAAAUUCCUAGAAUCUCAUUUAAUCGAACAAUAACUGUACGUAUUGGAAAUACAGUUUUUCUGACCAAGAAUACACAUGCUGUCAUUUUACUGUGUGAAGCCACUGGCAUUCGUGAGCCUAAAUAUACUUGGACAAAAGAUGGUGAAGCAUUAAAAUCGUCUGAGAAAGUGGUUUUGGAUGGUGUUGGAAAAGUACAUAUUCUAAAUCCUAGCCAAAAGGAGGCUGGUGUGUAUGGAUGCAUGGUUGUUAAUGACCUCGGUUUUGAUAUGGAAACGUCUUUACUCCUGUAUGCAGAGGUUCCCAUCAUUUUGUCCCAUGGAAUGAAUGUCACAAAUCUGGAAGACAGUAAUUUCUCUGUAACUGUUGGAGGUACAAUAGUGACAAGAACUGGAGCAAACAUUACAAUUGACUGUCCAGUGAAAGGUGUUCCCCGACCAAACAUAAGUUGGAUUAAGAUGACAGGGAACAGUUCUUUCUUGCUUUUGAAUGGGUCCUUAUUUCUGAGGAAUGUGUCAUAUGAAGAUGCAGGCACAUACAUUUGCACAGCAACUAAUGUGCUUGGAAAAGCAGUAGGAACAUCUGUUCUUCACUUAACUGAACAAGGAUUUCCAAAGAUUAACACUGUGUCAGCCAAAGGGAGCAGAAGGAAGCGUGUCAUAAUGGCAUCUGGAAUUGGUACCAACAUAAGUGUGAUACAUGGUGACCUGUUAAGGAUUGGUUGUCCAGUGCAUCCUAAUCACAGAAAUAUGAUUCGGUGGGUCUUCAGAGAUCAUCCAAUUGAGGAAGCAAAGGAUUUGGAAUAUAGAACUCUGGUUGGGGGACGUAUCCUAGAGGUGAACACUGUCUCUGGUCAAUUUGCUGGACAAUACAGAUGUUGGACUUCAUCUAGUGUAAAACCAUUGUCUGUUUGGGUAAAUGUCAAGAAGGAAGGCUAUAAAUGGGAAUAUGCCGAGUGGAGCCCUUGCUCGGCUAGCUGUGGGAAUUCAGGGGCCCACUUCAGAAAGCUGCAGUGUGUGAAUUCAGAUGAACAAAAAGUGAAUGAAUCAUUGUGUGAUGAUCGUCAGAAGCCAGUGGUUAGUUAUCAGUCCUGCAACAUGUAUGACUGCCCUGCAAGGUGGGUGACUAGCUCAUGGUCUGAGUGCUCUGCUUCAUGUGGCAAUGGAUUUUAUCAACGGCAAGUAACUUGUCGUCAAGCAAAAGCUAAUGGCACUAUACUGAUGCUGCCACCAGAUGCUUGUGUACAGAAAGAUCGUCCUCUGGGAAGGAAACCAUGUAUAGUGCAUUCAUGUACGGAAUGGAUAAUUCAGUCACAGGGACAGUGUUCUGGUCACUGCGUAGACCGUGCAGUAGGGCUACAGCACCAUCAUUUCGUAUGUCAGCAUCGCAAUGGAUCUUUGGUUCCAGACUCCUAUUGUAAUGAAAGGAGGAGAUCAGCUGUCAGAAGAAACUGCUCCUCAGAGACAUGUGAUGUGUACUGGUGGGCAGGUCCUUGGAGACCCUGCAGUGUAGACUGCGGCAGUGGAUUCCAGUCACGACAAGUAGCCUGUAUACACAGACAGAAUAAUAAACCUGUGCCUGAUCAAUACUGUGGGUGGAGAAAGAAGCCAGUGACCUGGCGACAUUGCAGUGUCACUUCUUGUGGCAAAGGCGAAUGCAAGGAUACAACUCACUACUGUACAUUUGUAAAGCAUCUAAAGUUAUGCUUGAUAGACAUCUACAAACAAAGAUGUUGUCAGUCAUGUCAAGAAGUGUAAAUCUUCUAUGGAAAGUUCACGAUGCUGCAGUGAAGAGAUGAAACGAGAGGUUCAUUAUAUCUAGACCAUAAGAAAUGUAUACUUGUAUAUAAUAGUAGUAGGCAUAAGAGUUAAAUGGAUACAUGAGGUUGAUGAGAAACAGCGUUGUAGAACGGUACACCAGACAGGAUAUUUUUCUGCAAUUGAGUUUUUAGUGUAUUAAAAAAAUUAAUAUCUGUGUUAAGAAGAAAAUAUGUUGGCACAUGAUCUAUAGAACUUUACAGGCUAUCCAAGUAUAAUUUAAUCAGGAAAAAAAUAUUAUCUCAAAAGCUCCAGGUAAUGCUUACUUCACUGGAGUUAUUAGAAAGCCAAGUCACAAAAUCCUUUAAAGAAUUUUGGAGUGCAGCAUCUGUUGAUCCAUUUUUGUUUCUCUUAUUUUAUCAAAUAUAACGUGAUACUUAAAUUUAUAGGAGCUGUGGCUUGUAGCUAUAAAGAAUUUGGCAGUGACUGCAUUUUCAUAACUGCUUGAGCUAAGGGGUCAGUCUCACAGGAUAAACUUUAUUGAGAUUAGCUGUCAGAUGAAUCCACAGCAAUACAUUUCAUUUCUCAUUCCUGUAUUUACGUGCAUGCAGUAAAAAGCACUGUAGAUGCUGUUACAGUUUUCAAUCAGCUGUGCAUCUGUGUUUGAAUAAAUGAGGUGCCAUUUUUCUUUUAUUCCUAUUCUUCUACUCCAGUCACUGAAAUAUGAUCAAAGUAGUGGCAAGAUUAGUCUUCUCUUCUGAUUUUAAAUUAGAAACAAGGCUUCCUUGUCAGAGCUGUGAAUGAAACAUUCGUAAGACUGAUCUUUUGCAAGCCGUCAAAUGGGGAACUAAAACCAAAAACUGGUCAAAGGUGCUUGUCAAGCUCUAUCGGCUGAAUAAAUAUUUCAUAUUUUUCCAGCCAUGGAAAAAAGUAGGAGGAAAGGGUUGUUAAUUAUGAAAAUAGACAUGUGUAAGAAAUCCAUUUUAAGUGGUUUUCAGUCAAGUUGACUUUCCUCUUGACCCUUAAACAUUCUAGUAUUAUAUGAGCAAGGAAUUUAUGAUCAUGACAUCCUUACGUAAUUUUUUUUUCUGUAUAGCAAAUUGUGGACGCAAGGGAGCUAAAUAUUAGUUGGUUUUAACCCUGGAGAAGUCUGUACAGGGCUACUGAUGGUGAUUCUGUUUUCUUUUGUAGCUUCCACACUAUUGCACAAGCUGGAGGCCUGAAUACAUAUCUGAAUUUGACCCUGUGUUAAUAGGUUAAUAGGUGACUUGUAAUCAGUAGGCAUGCUGUAAGAAUGGUGUUACCAACAGUAUCCCUACACCAUGGGUUUGCAUCACUGAAAAUUAGAUUAGCACUACUGUAUAGGAAGUGUUUCGUGUGGACAGUUGUGUCCUAGGCUGACUGCAAAGAGAGGAUAUUCCUGAUCAUUACCUUUUUAAAUCAAUAAUGGGUCUUGAUUGUUUAAACAGUUUUUAAAUUAAAAGAGCAAAACACUUGUAAAAUACUUUUGUAUAUAUUUAUUGUCUGAUUUUAAAAGUGCAAUAUUUUGUCUUGUACAGUGUUUAAUAAAGAUUUUGGGACAUAUAUUUUUCUUAUUACCAAAAUUUCUUAUUCAUGUUUUUUUUCUUUGUAUUUAAAUUUUUUAAAUGUUAACACAUAGCACUACUUUAUUGCUUUGAUUUUGUCUUUGGCUAAGUAUGCAUGCUAUAUGGAAACCAAUGCUGUAAAUGUUUGUUAUUGCAGCUAGUAUGACAUUCCUCUGGAGCUUAUUUUAAUGCUACUGUAGUAACCAAAGAUGUCUGACAUUUAUCUUUCAUAAACUUAGUUUUGAUAUUUCUGAAAUAAACUCUACUUUGGUUAUUGAACU